CUGGGGCGGGGUCGGGCGCUCUAUAAGUUGUCGAUAGGCGGGCACUCCGCCCUAGUUUCUAAGGAUCAUGUCUGCGAGUCAGGAUUCCCGAUCCAGAGACAAUGGCCCCGAUGGGAUGGAGCCCGAAGGCGUCAUCGAGAGUAACUGGAAUGAGAUCGUUGAUAGCUUUGAUGACAUGAAUCUCUCUGAAUCCCUUCUCCGUGGCAUCUACGCCUAUGGUUUUGAGAAGCCUUCUGCCAUCCAGCAGCGAGCCAUUCUCCCUUGUAUCAAGGGUUAUGAUGUGAUCGCUCAAGCCCAAUCUGGGACUGGGAAAACAGCCACUUUUGCCAUAUCGAUUCUGCAACAGAUUGAAUUGGAUCUAAAGGCUACGCAGGCCUUGGUCCUGGCACCUACUAGGGAGUUGGCUCAGCAGAUACAGAAGGUAGUCAUGGCGUUAGGAGAUUACAUGGGUGCCUCCUGUCACGCCUGCAUCGGGGGGACCAACGUACGUGCCGAGGUGCAGAAGCUUCAGAUGGAGGCUCCCCAUAUCAUCGUGGGCACCCCAGGUCGUGUGUUUGACAUGCUGAAUCGGAGAUACCUGUCUCCCAAGUACAUCAAGAUGUUUGUACUGGAUGAAGCUGAUGAAAUGUUAAGCCGCGGAUUCAAGGACCAGAUCUAUGACAUAUUCCAGAAGCUCAUUGAAUUGGAUCUAAAGGCUACGCAGGCCUUGGUCCUGGCACCUACUAGGGAGUUGGCUCAGCAGAUCACGCAGGCGGUCAUAUUCAUCAACACCCGAAGGAAGGUGGACUGGCUCACUGAGAAGAUGCACGCCCGAGACUUCACUGUGUCCGCCAUGCACGGAGAUAUGGACCAAAAGGAACGAGACGUUAUCAUGAGGGAGUUCCGCUCUGGCUCUAGCCGAGUACUGAUUACCACUGACCUGCUGGCCAGAGGCAUUGACGUGCAGCAGGUUUCCUUAGUCAUCAACUAUGACCUUCCCACCAACAGGGAAAACUACAUCCACAGAAUCGGUCGCGGGGGACGAUUUGGCCGUAAGGGUGUGGCUAUUAACAUGGUGACAGAAGAAGACAAGAGGACUCUUCGAGACAUCGAGACCUUCUACAACACCUCCAUUGAGGAGAUGCCCCUCAAUGUUGCUGACCUCAUCUGAGGGGCUGUCCUGCUACCUAGCCCUACCCAGGCUUCAGUCUAGGGGGCUGAAGAGGAGCAGGAGGGGGGAGGGAAGGGAGCCAAGGGAUGGACAUCUUGUCAUUUUUUCUUUUUUUUUUUUUCUUUGAAUAAAUGUCACUUUUUGAGGCAAAAGAAGGAACCGUGAA